AUGACCGGCGACGGCACCAACGACGCCCCCGCGCUCAAACUCAGCGACGUCGGCUUCGCCAUGAACGCUGGCAGCGACGUGGCGAAGAGCGCCUCGGAUAUCAUCCUCCUGGAGAACAACUUCGCGGGGAUGGUCAAAGCCACGAUGUGGGGGCGGAACAUUCGCGAUAAUAUCCGAAAGUUCCUGCAGUUUCAGUUCGCCGCGAAUAUCGCGACCUGCAUGGUGGUGCUUCUCGGCGCGCUGAGCAGGCGCCACGACUCGGCCGUGCUGAAGCCCGUGCAGUUGUUGUGGUUGAAUUUGAUCAUGGACACGCUGGCGGCGCUCGCGCUGGCGACCGAGCUGCCAAACGAGGAGGUGCUGCUUUCGCGCCCGCCGGAGUCGAAGACCACCCCGUUGGUGCUGCCCAGUAUGUGGUUUCAUAUCAGCUGGCAGAGCGCCUUUCAGAUCGUGGUGCAGGUUUUAUUGCUGAAAUACGGCCAUCGCUUCUGCGCGGCGCCGUUGGGGAUGCGGAGGGGCGAUGGCGGAACUCGAAGCGAGUUGGGGUUGAACGAUAUCGAAGGAGGCUCGGUGGAGGUGCCUUUGAUGCCGUUCUCGGGAAACGACUUCAACCCCCUUCAACCAACCAACUUCGAUGACGGGAUCCCACUCCCAAUGCACCUCAUUCAGCAUAGUACCAUCAUGUUUAACACCUUUAUAUGGAUGCAGAUAUUUAACUUUUUGAACUCACGUUUGAUCCGCCCGAAUGAGGCUUUCCUCGGUAAUUGGCGGUCCAGUCAAACUCUCAUUUGCAUUAUGAUUGGGGUUUCCUGCCUACAAGUGCUUAUCGUCCAGUACGGUGGGGAGUUUUUCAACACGGUCCCCUUAUCAGCUGCGCAGUGGAUGAUCUGCGUCUUCUUGGGGAUGCAGAGCCUGACCGUGGGGUGGAUAAGCCGUCGUUAUUAUUGGGGGGCGCAGAAAGAGGAUACCCCAAAGCGCUGGGAAAAACGAAUAUCGAGCACCGCUGCGUAA